AUGCUUUUUAGCAAAGAAGUUGAAGCAAUUAAUUUAGAUAUGCCAGAGGUAUCAAAUAAAAUUGCAAUUUUAUUUGAUAGCGGUGCUCAAGCAACGCGUAUAUCGAAGAAACUAGCAAAAAGAUUACAUUUAGAAGAUAUUGAUUAUGAACAAGUGACAUUCGCGGGGUUUGGCAAUAGGAAUCCUCAAACAUCGCUUUCUGCUAAAGUGCGAAUCGGAAUAAAAACGAUAAAAGCAGAUAUUAUACCUAUUAUAGCUACAGUAGUCGACUAUUUAACAAACAAAAUAAGGGUAAUAUCUGUAAAUCAAGACAAUGCAUCACAUAUUUCGACUCUGUUUCCAUUAACAGAGGAAAUUAGCAGUUAG